ACUAACCUAUCAAACAACAGUUGUUUAGAAGAUUGAAUUAAAAGUAUUUAGGGACAUAAAUUUUAAAUAUUUUUUUGGAAAAUCAUAAUUUGGAAUUCAUGGCUAACGUUGAAUCAAUGGUAGUUGAAGAAAAGCAACCUUCAUCAAAAUUAGUAGAUCGAGAAAAGACAUGUCCGUUACUCUUACGCGUCUUUUGCUCAACUGGUCGUCAUUCAUCAAUAUCAGAAUAUGCUCAUGGUAAUGUGCCUACAAAUGAACUUCAAAUAUACACAUGGCAAGAUGCUACUUUACGGGAAUUAACUUCACUUGUUAGAGAUGUAAAUCCAGAAACAAGGAAAAAAGGAACAUAUUUUGAUUUUGCAGUCGUAUUUCCUGACCCACAUUACCGAACAUAUAGAAUGCGUGACAUUGGAACGACAUGUUCUGGAAUCAAAGGGGCAGAUGAUCUGAAAACUCUAGCUGCUGCAAAAUUUUGUAUAGGUGAUUAUAUGGACAUAUCUAUAACUCCACCAAAUAGAAUGGCAGUGCAAAUGCGACGUUCUAGACAGUAUUAAUUAUUGGAUUUUUUUUUUAAAAUAAAGGUAAAAACUCUUCAUACUUCAAUAAUUUUAAAAUAAAGAUAAUUAAAAAUAAACUGAGCAUCUUAUUUAAUA